AUAUCCUCUGCUCCUGUUCUAUCUCAUUUCCGCUGUGCGUGCUAACAAUUUCUCCCACCGCCGAAGCACCUCACUACACCACCACCAUCCUUCUUAAUUCGCUCUAGCUUCCAGUAAGAAAAAGAAACCAUUGCCACCUUCUCUGCAGCAUCCCUGAACCAUCCCUACUCUUCCUUUUUCUUUAUUUUGACAUGGCCAUCCCCACCAGUAUUGACGCCAAAGAAAGUGUUAGACUGCUGGACUCUCAGGAAUUCUGUCAACAAGCCCAUCGAGUCGUCGAUUUCAUAGCCGACUAUUAUAAGCACAUUGAGGACUACCCAGUGCUCAGCCCCGUCGAACCUGGUUAUCUGCGAAGGCAAUUGCCGGAAACCUUCCCGACUUAUCCAGAGUCCAUUGAGAAAAUUCUUCUUGACGUCAAGAACAGUAUCAUCCCUGGCCUAACACAUUGGCAGAGCCCCAAUUUCUUUGCCUACUUCCAAACCAAUGCUAGCACAGCUGGGUUCCUAGGAGAUAUGCUUUGCGGAGGUUUCAACGUCGUCGGACUUAAUUGGGUCUCGUCUCCCGCUGCGACCGAGCUCGAGACCAUCGUAAUGGACUGGAUGGCUCAAAUGCUUAAACUCCCACCUGCAUUCAUGUUCCCUACUAAUAAUGCCAGCCAUGGAGGAGGUGGGGUUCUCCAUGGAAGCACUUGCGAAGCAAUUGUCUGUACCCUGGUCGCUGCUAGGGAUAAAGUCCUAAGCAAAGUUGGGUUCCACAACAUCACCAAGCUUCUGGUUUAUGGCUCUGACCAAACACACUCCGCCUUAGAAAAGGGUGCUAGAAUCGUUGGAAUCAGUCCUCAGAAUUUUAGGUCGCUGCCCACAUCCGCUGCCACCGGAUAUAGCCUACAGCCGCUUGCAGUUCAGGCAGCCAUGGCUGAUGAUAUAGCAAAAGGCUUGAUCCCUUUCUACCUGUGUGCCACAAUUGGCACUACUGGUGUUGGUGCUGUGGAUCCGCUGGAGGACCUUGGCCUCAUAGCUAAACGAUAUGGAGCGUGGCUCCAUGUAGACGCUGCUUAUGCUGGAAGUGCAUGCAUAUGCCCCGAGUUCAGGCACCACUUGGACGGGGUGGAACACGCAAGCUCCAUCAGUAUGAAUCUUCACAAAUGGUUUCUUACCAACAUGGACUGCUGUUGCCUUUGGAUAAAAAACACUACUACAUUUGUGAGUGCAUUGUCCACCAACCCUGAGUACCUCAGGAAUUCUGCCAGUGAAUGCAAGAAGGUUAUCGACUAUAAAGACUGGCAAAUAGCUCUGAGCCGGCGAUUCCGAUCCAUCAAGCUGUGGCUUGUAAUCAGGGCCUAUGGCAUGGACAAACUCAAAGAGCAUAUACGAAGUGAUGUCAUGCUUGCCAUGGUCUUUGAGAAGCUAGUGAAGGCAGAUGAGCGGUUCGAGGUUGCGGCACCUAGAAGAUUUGCAUUAGUCUGCUUCAGGCUUAGGUCCGACAGUGAGCGCCUGCGAUCGAUGAUGAAUCAUAAGCUGCUGGAGGCGGUUAACUCUACUGGGAAACUUUACAUGACUCAUACUGUUGCUGCUGGUGCUUACAUACUUCGAUUUGCGAUAGGCGCGACCUUGACGGAGGAGCGCCAUGUUCGUGCAGCUUGGACAGUCAUACAAGAGCAAGCUCGUCUCCUUCUCACCCAGCGAGCUCAACUCCUUUAAGAUAUGCAGUAAACACGUCCGCUGCAAACUGAACAUCAUCAGCAGAAUAAGGGUGUGCCUUUUAUU